AGUUGGUAUUUUAUAGGGGCGGUCACACUAAUCCGUACCCAAAAACAAUCAACCGAUGCGAAAAGCAUAACAAUUCGAAAGUUUAAAAUUCGGUCAAGAUGAGCGCCUAUUAUCGGCGCGCGGCGUUGCGCAAGAAGAGCCCCAGCCGCGGAUCGUCCUUCGAGUCGGAGAUGAACGAGUCCGGCUACACAUCCUUCCUGGCCCUGCACAAUUCCACCGCGGAGACGCCAUUUUUGUUGGAGGACGCUGAGGGCGAAAAUUGUCGCAAUGCAUCGAAUACCACCACAUUCUUUCGGGGGCUGAACACGCCCAGUAGCCACCAGGAGCAGGACCUUCACUGGGGCAAGCCCUAUCCCAGAACACAGCCCCAAAAGAAAAUUUCCGCGGAGGAGGAGCCUUUCUCUAUGACUCCGCGUCUGCAGGAUGAGCAUAGUCUGCCCAAGCGGCGCAAGAAACACUUUCAAUCGCCACACAGUAGCCCCAAGAAGUCCAAGAAGCUGCUUUUUCCCCACAUAGAAGAACCGCCCAAAAAUCGCUUCUACGGCGGUGUCGAAAGGCUGGACAUAGUGGCCAAGCUGGCGCAAGAGCUUCCGGCACUGGAGUGCAUACUGCGUCAUGUGGGUGCCCACACGCUGGACGUGAUGACCAAGGUGUCGCCGGCCUGGAAGCAGGCCGUUUAUCGCAGCCAGCGCGCCUUGGAGCGCCUGCAGAACCACCUACUCAAGUUGAACCUUACCAAAGAGAAUCCUCACGUGCCCAAGCGGUGCAGCCAUGUGCCCAAGGCAAACCACACAGUGCCAUUGCAGACCUCGAACCAUAGCAGCCUGGCCAACAGCGCCGCCUCGCUAAUGGACUCGGGCAACUCGAGCAUCCACCUGAUGGACGUGGAUGCCGGAAGGGUUCUGCGCGAGCAGACGCAGCGCGUCAAGUGUCCGCGAUGCGGACGAGGCAGCCGGGUUUUCAUAAGCGAGGCAGCCAAGGGUGGUGAAAACCUAUUGUCUCAGACCCUGCCUAUUGGACGUACAACCAGCACAUUCCCCUGCAUGACGGGUCCGCCUCUCAAACGCUUCCUGUCCCUGGAUCUUGACGAGGUCAAGAGUUCACCGCAAGGACCGCCAUACAACUUCGCCGAAUGCACCAGUGUCAUCUGCCAGUUCCGGUUCUGCGUCAACUGUCUGUCCAAGUCGCAUCCCGGCGAGCGUUGCCUGGUCACAGAGCUGGACACACCAUCCAAACUGAUGAUGCCACGGGAGCGACUGACGCCGCCACAACGUGCCCAGAGCCGUGAUCCGAAAAUCACAAGGAAGAACUCGCUCAAGCGGCUCUGCUUUUAGCUUUAUCAUAGGCUUUUAACUAUUACGAUUAGUAUUCGAUUUUUUCAAAUCUCAUUAAUUCCGUAUUAUGUCCAUCGCAUUAAGUUCCAUUUCAUCACGUACAUUCUUAUAUAUGUUUUUAAAUCGUUUCAUGUAAGGUUUGUCGGAAUUCUGUACCUCUGCGAGAUUAAGUAUUUUUUACACAUGCAAAAUAUAUAAAUCAUUUUUAAAACUA